AUGGUGGUGCUAAUCCGUAUGCAUCAGGUACUUCGCGUACUUGAAAUUUGCGGAACGUUCACAAGCACCUGGCCGCCUGAAUCCACAGCCGGAAAGCGAGAAAUCUUCAUUCGAGAUCUCGGUUGGACUUUGGCAAUUUUGAAUGUAUUGAGCUCGUUUCCACCGUUGAUUCUUGGUGCAUGGUAUUCUAGAAACAAUAUUAUUCCAAUGAUGAAGUCACUGUCUGAAUUAACAGCACUGAUGGAAGUACUGUUCAAUUUGAUCCUGUGUAGAAUAGGAAGAUCGCAAUUACAGGAGCUUUUAGCAAAGCUAAAAAACUUCUUCAAACAUUCCGAGUUGCAUGAGAGGCAUAUUAUACAGAAAUAUAUAAACCGUUACUCGGGAUUUUACGCCUUUGUUGGAAUAUCUUAUAUCAUGGCAGCAAUCACUUUUUCCUGUGGUCCUUUGUUCUUGUCGAUAAAUCUUCCAAUGGAAUCCGCAUGGUAUCCGUUUUCUACCGAAACUCCUUACACUAGAUGUAUUCUUUACGUUAUGCAAGUAUUCGCCAUUUUACAAACGGGAUUUUGUAUCACGGUGGAUUUCAUGAUUGCAAUGUUCUUCUGGUAUUCUUCUGCAAGGCUGGAAAUGCUGGCACAGGAACUGCAACAAAUAACACAUGAAAAUGAUUUAAAAACGUGUAUCCAAAAACAUCAAGAAAUAAUAAAUUUUGUAGGUGAAGUUCAAUAUACAGUUCGAUAUUUAAUUUGCAAAUCAAAUAUUACAAUGGCCUGCGCUGUAAUUUGUGGAGCUUUUCCUUUACUUUAUAAACAACCUCUGGUUGGAACGGCACAAUUUAUCUGCAUGGUGGUGGGCGGAUGUGAGAGACUUUAUAUUACAGCUUGGCCAGCAGAUGAUUUAGCUGAAGUUAGUCAACAAAUUGCUUGGUCUGCAUAUAGUAUACCCUGGUUCGAAAAAUCGCAUAAAACAAUCACUAAUAUAUCUAUCCUUAUACAAAGAAGCAAAAAACCACUUUUGAUAUCUAUGGGCGGUAUGUUUCCAGUGCUGUCAAUACAAUAUUAUGCUAAUUUUAUAAAAACGAUUUCAUCUUAUUUCAUGACAAUAAGAGCUGCAAUUCCUGAAUAA